GCGGCGCCUCUGAGUGACGGGCCAGCGGGCUGGGCGAGCCGAUGGGGCGGCGGCGGCUCCCUCCUGCUCCGCCCGCCGCUUUUAAAAAACAAUAUUUAUUUCCUUCUCUCCCUGGAAAUUAAUAGCGAGAUGGAAGAAUGGGCUGAGCGACCCUCUGAGCAUCUGCAGAGUGCCUGUUUCCUCAGAGGAAAGCUUUUUUUAUAAGGGAGAGGGAUUGAGAGUAUGGACAAAAUGUCUCUGAGCACUUGCAGAGUACCUGUUCCCACAGCAGAAACUUUAAAAUGAAAGAGUGACUGUGGAUAGAGUUUGAGUAUCUGCAGAGUGCCUGUUCCUGCAUCAGAAAGAAAUAUAUUUUUCUUAAAAACGGACUUUGGAUCAGCAGAGCAUCUGCAGAAUGUUUCUUCUCUCUGCAAAACCAUUUUUAAAAAGAGACAAUGGAUAAAGUGCUUCUGAACAUCUGCAAAGUGCCUGUUCCAUAAGUAGAGCAAAACACCCUUGACAGCUAUCCAAUCUGUGUUCAUGCACCGAGUUUUAAUCUGUGUUGCUAGUCUUGUGAGUGAAAAUUAUGUUGAGUAUUCUGCCACUGCGUAGGGCUGAGCUGGAUGUAACCCAGAGUUGUGGGUCUCCCACUUUCACAAGGCCUCCUCUCGCUAAUCCUCUCAUUUCUGCAGGAUACCAUUCCACUUCCCCAGCAUUUGCAGGGAGGGCAAUCAGAAUCCAGCAUGUCGAUCCUGGAUGUCUGCACGGGAUGGGCGGGACAGGAUGGGCCUGGGCAGAAGAGAGAGGGGAGGAGCGCACACCCCCUUUCGAGGGGGCGUUGUUUAUUGCGUGGCACAGCAGCCCCGGACGGACUGGGAGGGACUUGCAACAGAGCAGGGCUGCAUCCCUGCUGCCUCUUCCACUCUCCCAAAGAAAAUCUGCCUUUGCACCUAAAGAAGUUGUGGGGAGCCGUUCCCAGGAUGCCUGUCCGCUUGCAGCUGCUGGUUCUGCUAAUCCUGGUGAUCCAGGGGACCCACGGUGCCAAACAGCAAGACGAUCAUUUAUUGGUUCUUACUGUGGCCAGCGAGGAGACGGAAGGAUUCCAACGGUUCAGAAGAUCAGCCCAGUUCUUCAGCUACAACAUCAAGGUCCUGGGAUUAGGGGAAGAUUGGCAUGGCGGAGAGGACCAGAGGACGGCGGGAGGAGGACAGAAGGUUCGUCUUCUUAAGUCGGCUUUGGAAGACUACACAGAGAAGGAGGAUUUGGUCAUCCUCUUCACAGAGAGCUAUGACGUAAUAUUUGCAUCAGGCCCCACGGAACUCCUGAAGAAAUUCCGGCAGGCCAAGUCCAAAGUCAUCUUCUCCUCGGAGACUCUCAUCUACCCGGACCGAAGGUUGGAAGCCAAGUACCCCCAGGUCCGAGAAGGGAAGCGAUUUCUAGGAUCCGGAGGGUUCAUAGGCUAUGCUCCUUAUCUCAACAAGCUUGUGGCAGACUGGCAGGGCCUUGACAGUGAUAGCGACCAGCUGUUUUAUACUAAAGCCUUCUUGGAUCCAGUAAAACGGGGGAACAUCAAUAUAACUUUGGAUCACAGGUGUCGGAUCUUUCAAAACCUGAACGGCGCUCUAGACGAGGUGGUUCUGAAGUUUGAAAACGGGCGAGUGAGAGCACGGAAUCUUGCGUUUGACACCCUCCCGGUUGUCAUUCACGGCAACGGCCCCACCAAGCUGCAGCUGAACUACCUGGGCAACUACAUCCCUCAGGUCUGGACCUUUGAGAAAGGCUGCGCGGUUUGCAACGAAGGCUUGAAGAGCCUUGCGGAUGUGAAGGAAGAUGCACUGCCUCUGGUUCUGAUCGGCAUCUUCAUUGAGCAGCCCACCCCCUUCCUCACCCAGUUCUUCAAACGGCUGCACAAGCUCCGCUACCCAAAGAAACGGAUCCAGCUGUUCAUCCACAAUUGCGAGGAGCAUCAGCUUUCCCAGGUGGGUGCGUUUGUGAACAGGCACGGACAAGACUAUCGCUCCGUCAAAGUGGUAGGGCCGGGCGACCGCAUGGAGAAUGUUGAUGCUCGGAACAUGGGCGCGGAUCUGUGCAGGCAGGACCCUGUUUGCGAAUAUUACUUCAGCCUGGAUGCCGUAGUAGUGCUCAAGAACCCAGACUCGUUGCGGAUCCUGAUUGAGCAGAACAAGUUUGUGAUUGCCCCACUUGUGAGCCGCCUUGGGAAGCUAUGGUCGAAUUUUUGGGGGUCCUUGAGUGCCGACGGUUACUACGCCCGCUCAGAGGAUUACGUGGAUAUUGUUCAAGGGCGGCGAGUCGGCCGCUGGAAUGUCCCGUACAUCUCGAGCGUCUACCUGCUGAAAGGCAGCAUCCUGAGAUCGCGGCUCACUCAGACCGACCUUUUCCGCAGCGGCAAACUCGAUGCAGACAUGGCGUUCUGCCACAACAUCCGGAAACAGGGGAUCUUCCUCUUUGUGACGAACCAGCAACAGUUUGGGCAUAUUCUCUCCCUGGAGAAUUAUCAGACCAUCCACCUCCACAACGACCUCUGGCAGAUCUUCAGCAACCCGGAGGACUGGAAGGAGAAGUACAUUCACGAAAACUACACUGACGCCUUAAAGGGCAAAUCGGUAGAAACGCCCUGCCCAGAUGUUUACUGGUUCCCAAUUUUUACUGACACGGCUUGCAAUGAACUAGUAGAAGAGAUGGAGAAUUUUGGCCAGUGGUCCAGGGGAGACAACACGGACAGCCGGAUCCUGGGGGGGUACGAAAACGUCCCGACGAUCGACAUCCACAUGAACCAAAUCAGCUUUGAGCGGGAGUGGUACAAGUUCCUCUUGGACUACAUCGCACCCAUCACGGAGAAGCUGUACCCUGGAUACUACACGAAGACCCAGUUUGAACUGGCCUUUGUUGUCCGGUACAAACCCGAUGAGCAGCCCUCACUGAUGCCGCACCACGACGCCUCCACCUUCACCAUCAACAUCGCUCUAAACAGCGUCGGGAUAGAUUAUGAAGGCGGAGGCUGCCAGUUCCUGCGGUACAACUGUUCCGUCAGAGCACCCCGGAAAGGGUGGACCCUCCUGCACCCCGGCCGUCUGACACAUUACCACGAGGGCCUCCCUACCACUAAAGGGACCCGCUACAUCGCCGUGUCUUUUCUUGAUCCUUAGAGCUGCUUCUUCCAGAAGGACAAAGAAAUUGGGGGGGGGGAUCUUUUCCUGCCAGCUUCACUCCUCAGCAGGAAAAUCUCCACCAGGGUUGAGGAAUCCCUUGAAUUCACUGAACAGCUUCACUCAGAGACAGAUUUGUUAAGACAGAUUCUUAAGACGCACGAACUCACCUCUUGAGGGCCUCUAGUUCCAAUAUAGGGGAGAUCUACCAGAGAGAUCUUGGCGUUUGAGGCAGAAUGCGUCAUCCUCCUAAUUGACAUUCCUCUCGUUUAAUGUGGGGCAUGAUCCUGCAGGAAUUUCUCCCGCAUAAGCCUCGCUAAGCAGCCCAUUUUGUUUCCAUGGGGCUUGAACAGGAGAUUCACCCCAACCGAUUCUAUCCACUCCUUUCCCACCCGUUGAUGAUGCCCAAAAUUCACCAGCCUGGCAAGCUACCUUGCUUUUGCCUUCUGAUAGGGAUGCCUUGUAGCUUCCAUUCACAGGCAGCCCCAAGCAUUUUGGCGUUCCAAGGAAGAACAUCCAAACAGGGCCUCCCAUUUACUUGUAAACAUCUAACAAUAAAAAAAUUAUAAUUUGGCACCCUUUCUUGGCACCCCAGUGGCAACUGCUGCAACUGUUCCCCCACACCACACCCCAGGCUUGGCCUACAGUGAAGUAGUAAGAGUUUGAGGUGGCAGAAUAGACUACACUUCAGAACGAAGGCAAGGUAACACCAUUGUUAAAAAAAAUGCAUUAAAAUUAUCUUAGAUUGCUAAGAGUGCCAUGCCUCUAAAUGGAACAAAGAUUUUCUUGGAGAGUUUUUUUUCCUGUUGGGAAGACAGAGGCAUUCUGUCUAUGCUCAGGAGCAUUUUGCAACCAGGUUCCUUUUUUCUUUUCAAAAAUACAAAAUGUUUUGAAGUAUUUUGCCAUUCUCUUCUGACAGGAAGGAGCUUUUUAAAAAACCAGGAUGCCUUUUGACCAUGCACUGAAUGUGUUCCUUCUGAAUUGAGCCAUUUUUUCACCUUUUUAAAAAAACAGAUCUCCAUAAAAGGAGAUUUAUGGAUUAGUCCAUAAAAAACCAAAUCUCCAUUAAAAACACUAGCCCUACUUAAAAAACAACAACCUGGCUUCAUUCUUUUUUCUGUCAACUGAAGGUAAGUCUGGCUAGCCCAUUUAAAAUUUUAUCAGCGGCUGCACCCGUGAGGCAGGUACACAUCUUCGUCCCCUGUUUUGGUGUAACACCCAAAGCGGAUUGAAUCUUGGCGCCGGAGAGGAGCUUUCUAAGAGCUGUAUGUAUUUAUUUACGAGAGGCGGCCCUUCUAGGACAUCUGGUUUUUCUGCACAUAGUUGUACAGAUUUCAACAGAUUUUUACAUUAAAAUGUUUAUGAAAACAACCAAACAACUGCUGCUG